AGAAGAGGAAGAAGAAAGUACUCGCAAGGGUACCUGGGAUAUUACGGAAGAGCGGUUUUGUGUCCUUGUGUGUUUCGGGCUCCGGUUAAAGUCAAAAAGACAGAAAAUGGCCAUGUACAGGCACUUUAUGGCCCUCAGGCAUAUUUCCAGGAGGAGUAUUGGCACUAGUGUCUGUAGGCAAGUUGACAACAAAGUCCCAAUGAAGCAGAAGAUGUUUCAGGAGGACAAUGGUAUUCCCAUCCAUCUGAAGGGAGGUACCAAAGAUGCUCUUCUGUACAGGGCCACCAUGACGUUGACUAUUACUGGCACUGCUUACCUUUUAUACGAGCUGUUCCAAGCUGCUUGUCCUAAGAAAGCCUGAAAGACUGAUUCAUUUGACUUACUCCUGUGUACAACAACUUUUUGCCAAUGUACAUAUUUGUAAUCAGGGAGUCUUGUGUCUCGUUAAUGAGUGUUAUUUAAUGUGAAUGGGAUCAAUACUUGAUUGGUGUUGCAAUCAACAAAUAGUAAAUAAAAAUCUCUACAGUG